CGCUAUGCUGAUAUCUGCGCCCACUCGCCGCUCUCGGUCCGACUUCUGUCUCCGACGGGGCCAGAAAGGUACAAGGACACAGGCUGUAAUCUAAUGUUAUUAUUGCCGCGCACCCAAAGCCGUCGACUAACCAGGCAUAUCUCUCUUUGCUGUCCCCACGCAUCAAUCCAAACCACCACCCAAAGAACACCAUCGUCAGUGGCUUCUCGGUUGCUUGCCAGUUCCGGAGGCGGUCUGCAAGCUAUACUUUCCAAACACUACCGCUUCAAGUCUGGCCGUUCUACCCUUCUACUACAACGACCUCCUCACUUGGAUCCAUCUCAGACACUUUUCAUGAGCCAGCCAUCUAUAUCACUAUUCUUCUAUGCGGGGAGGGGACAUGCGGCCUGCCGAUCUGCCGAUCACAAUUGCCUACCACCACCACUCAAGUGUCAAGAGAUGAGCGAGCCAAGACCAGGGACGCCGGUCGGACAAAAAGCCUCGUUGAGCGUGCGAGUGCCGCUAACACCCUUUGUUAUUUAUUCCAUGUGAUAUUACCAUGAUUUAUCAUCCUAUGCGGAGAAGAAUCAGAAGCAGAAGACGACGGUGCUACCGCUAGAAAGCAUACAAUAUCAUCUUCUCGACGGCAAUGCGGUUCUCUGCUACAGCCCGUGACCCCGUUGAUGGUUGGACGAUGACACCAGCCAGCUACGAGGCGCGCGUCGCCAGGCCCCUCUAGACGUCUCGUCACUUGGUUUGACGCGCCUCUCCUCUACAUGUAACGUAACCUCCAGUCCUGGGAGUUCUGGAGUCUUGGAGUCUUGCUGGCCACUCUAGUUGCAAG